CUCUGACCCUACGGGAAAAAGGCGGCAGGUAGUCAGGGAAAAUCCGAGCAGGCCAUAUAACUUAAUUUAAUUUCAUAUAUAACAAAAUACAUUUCAUAUGGCAGUUAAUCACAUUGUCAUCCAGAAUACAAUGAUAACAGCAUUGCAAUCCAUUGCUCUACUUAGAGAUUAUAGAAAUUAGUUUAAAUUAAAGUCUGCGAGGGUUGAAAGCCAUUGGUGUAGGAUGGAUCGUACGGAAAUCCAGACACUCAAGUACCCAGUUUUCACCCUGGAAGGAAAGGUGCCAGCAGUGUCCAGAGGAGAUGACAGUGGUGAGGUCAGUUCCCUAUCCGGAGAGCAGAGGUCUGAUUGGCUGGGCCCCUCCGCGCUGCGGUUGGUUCAGGGAGAUAGCAGCGGGCCCGUCUCCUGGCAGACGGAGAGCAGCUUGGCUGAAUCCUGGUCCACCGUGGGAGACAUGGACCCAGAGGACUCCAGGAGCCUGGACAACCUGACUGAGGAGCGCAGCGAGGACCACUACUCCAUCUCUGACAUGCUACACCUAGAGCAGGACGCGGAGGAGGAGGACGAGGAGAUGCUGUCGGAGGAGGAGGACGGGAGCCUGGCGGAGGUGGAAGAGGAGCUGCAGGCCAGCGUGAUGAGCGUGCUGGGGGGAGAGAGGGAGCUCGCUGAGCUCAGAGAGGAGGAGCUGGCCGGCCAGGCGGUGCUACCGUCAUCUGAAGUGUCAGCUCGCCAACAGGUCCCACAGACUUCAGAUCCCCCACCGUCCGUGGAGAGGAGGGAGACGUGGGUCCAGGAGGAGCCUGCUGCUGUAUCCCACACCACCACGGCCCCCAUGCCCAUGCCGGUCUGGAGGCUAGAGCCCCCCUCAGCUUCCUCUACUCCUGUCCCCUCAGUACCCACACUAGCUGAGUUACAUUCAGAGCUCCAGUACUCGAUGCAAGAGCAGCUCCAUCCUCCCCCGGUCCUAGGGCCCGGCGCUCCCCAGCCACCAGACACGAGCCAAACUACCAGCCAAGCCCUGCUCCCCGCUGCCCAGGCGACGCAGGAAGUCCUGCCGUCGACGCAGGUGGUUCCGCCAGAGAAGGCAGACGCUGAGCCUGCCACAUCAACCUCUGACUCUGAGCUGCCUGUGCUGCUGUGUGCUGGUGCCGCCCUGGUGGCUGUUGUGGGAAUUGUGGCUUAUGGGGCUAUGGCCUACUGCAGAAAGUAGCAUGCCUCUAUUCUGUGAGCCCCAGAAGCCAUACAACACAGUUUUCAGAAUAUACUGUAAACUAUUCCACAUAGUAAAAACUGGAUUGUACACAAUGCAUUUCUUUGCAUCUAUUUAGUAUUGUGAACGUUGGUUGUAUUUUUUAUCUAUUUCUUGUGCUACCUCUGUUCAAAUAAAAGCUCAGGAUAUUUGGAAGAGCAACACA